UUCACUUGAAAUUCUCUGUUAUUGUUUGUCAUCGGUUUAUUUUGUUUUGCAUGAGUUCCUCAAGCUUUUCAAACUACGAGAAGCUGGAGGAGAAUGUCCUCGCGCAGAGGAGUGCGAGUGGCGUGAGUUCGUCCGCAGACGACACGGAAGAAAGCGAUGGUUUGGCUUCGCGCGUGCGAGACAUAAUCACGCGGAAUCUGUCCGACACGCUGGAGGAACUCGAUUUCUCGCCGCCGUCUAUGUCUUCCACUACACGCGCAUACACAUCGUUACAGGAUGAGAACAGCAUAUUGGAGAAGGAGGUGGCGCGGCUGGAGGAGCUCCUCUCCAUGAGUCGCACCGAGCGAGACGACCUCUCCGGCAAAUACACGGCGCUCACGGAGAAGACUGCUGCCGAGACGCGCUGCGGACGUCCGCGGCAUGCCGGACUGCACCGGCGACGACGACGCGGCGCCAGUCUACGGCAUCCCCGCGUGGCGGACGAGAGGCGUCGGGCGCCCGAGAGCUCGCCGACCGACAUCGACCUUGACCUUUACCGCGACCUUGACCUCGAGUUUGACCUCGAGAGCAGUGAAGCCACGUCAUCAUCAUGGUUCAUCGUCAUCGUGUGUCAUUCGUUCAUCUGGGUCAUCAUCAUACCAAAGUAA